GCCGCCAGCCCCGGCGCGUCUCGCUGCAGGGUGCGGCCGCGCCGUGCUCCUCUCCCGGGCCAUGGAGGGUCCACGGCUGGUGGCCGAAGUGGGCGUGCGGGGCCUGCUCGUAGGGGCCUUCCUGAUCAUGGAACUUCUGCCUCCAUUUGAACGUGUCAUACAGCCUGAAGAGAUGUGGCUUUAUAAAAACCCAUACAUAGAAGUGGACCAUGUACCCACCAAGCUCAUGUUUUUAAUUUCGUUUUUGUGUCCCCUGACGUUCAUCCUUCUGGCAAAAUUCCUCAUGAAAGUUGACCGCAGAGACACGCAGGAGGCCUUUUUGGCUGCCAGCCUUGCUCUUGCCCUGAAUGGGGUCUUCACAAAUGCUGUGAAGCUAGUCGUGGGAAGGCCACGGCCAGAUUUCUUCUACCGCUGCUUUCCGGAUGGACGGGCAAACACCAAGCUGGUGUGCACUGGUGACCUGGACGUGGUGACUGAGGGACGCAAGAGCUUCCCGAGUGGGCAUUCCUCUUUUGCAUUUGCUGGUCUUGCCUUCUCUGCCUUCUACCUGGCAGGAAAGCUGCACUGCUUCACCCCUGGUGGGCGUGGAAAAUCCUGGCGGCUCUGUGCCUUCUUAUCACCACUGCUCUGCGCUCUCCUCAUCGCUCUGUCCCGCACCUGCGAUUACAAACACCACUGGCAAGAUGUGCUGGUUGGCUCAGCGAUUGGUUUCACAUUUGCAUACCUAUGCUACAGGCAGCAUUACCCUUCCCUGACUGACGCAGAGUGCCAUAAACCAUUGCAGUGUAAAUCGAAACUACCACCAGCACGGGAGCAAAAGCUGGCCAACUCCAGCUUCCACGUGGAAAUAUAAUGAUGGGAUCCACUUUGCUGGGACUGGCCCCUGGGUAAUCAUUCCUUCCACUCUUCAGCCCACAGGGUGGGGAAGGGUACAGGCUUUGGGACCAUCGCUUACUGCCUACUUGGUGAAGUAACUGAGUAACCCAAAGGAGGAAUAGGAAUUGCUCCCCUGAACAUGUGGUAAGUGGUCCUGCUCAGCAGGCCUGUGCUCGUACCAUUCUCAUGUGUGAGACACUCCCCUCUUUCAGGCCAGCCCUGGAGGAAGCUGUGUAAGUGACUGUAUGCCAGCCUGCAGGAGGGAGGGGAGCAGGCUGGCUACGCCAACAUCUAAAGCAAGAACUGGCUCUCUGUGGGGACGGCUUGGUGGAAAUCCUGUAGGUGCCUGGGGCCAUGUAAUAAUGUGCGGGGAAGUUAGCCCUCUCCAAUGGAGAAUAUCAUUUUAUGAAAGGACAGCAUGCACCGAGGAAGAGCCGGUCUGUGCUGUAUCGUGAGUACGCAGCAUUUACUGUGUGCAUUUAGAGAUAACACCUCCCGCAGCCUGGGCACACUAGGUGUAGUUUUGGUGAAAACGCUCUGUCCUACAGCGGGUCCAACCAAACAGAUGCUGGGCUGAUGUCCUGGUGUGGCACCCUGGCUGGCUUUGGAAUCUCUCCAUGCCAUAUUGUUGGACACUGCACAGAACGCUUUCAGCCCAUUUGCUUCCAGAAUCCUGCCCCAACUCACACCUGAGGAUAGCUGGGCUGUGUCCUCAUCACCCUGCUCGGUUUUAAUCAGGUCUUGUGUUCCCACAUCCUCCCAAGGAAAGGCCAUCAUCAGCACUGUAGUGCUGGGGAGCCAUCUGAUGGGCAUGACUAACUAAUACCAUAAGGGGCUGUCACUCAUCGUCCCAUUGUUAAGAAUUAAAGCUAAGCUGGCUGGGGAGAUGCUGUGGUGUUUAUAUUCAAUUUCAACCUAGAAGCAGCAGGGCAGUGAGAUGGCAUCUGUUUGUACAGCACAGUCCAUGGGCUCACUGCUUUGUAGGGAGGAUGUGUUGCUCUGUCUGUAACUGUUAAAGGAUGCAGCAUCUUUCCUUGUAGGAUGUUUCCCUGUAGACCAAUUUAGCAAUUUGCAUUUGUUUCAUAGGAAAUAUGUUAAUUUCAAAUGUACUGGAACUAUUGACUGUGCCAAGCUAAGGCCUGUGAAGUACAUCCUGUUAAUCACACCUAAACUAGUUCAGAGUAUGCAAGAGCUCAGCCUUGUUGUGGUUUUUGGGGGAGGAAAAGCAGCCUAGUACCUGAAUUAUGUCAUUUACUGGGUUUUUAAAUGUCAAAUAAAAAGCUGGUUUAAAUUCA